AUGGCUCUUUUAAAGAACUCACCAGGAAUCUUACCAGAAGAUCCCAAUUGGGCUUACCUCGAUUCCCCAUGGGAUCUCUUACGUGAUUGUCAAUACUUAAACUCAGGUGCGGCAAAUGCCUCCAUUUAUCGUGGAGCUUGUAUUCUUUCCCACAUGCUUGGUUUUGUUUCUGCUUUCAUCUUCCCUUUUGUCGGAGUUUUUGGUGUUAUUUCUAACAUCUUCGUCACCUACGUCUUUCUUUUCGUCUUUCGAAAACCCUCCCGCCAGAUGAUUUACCUCGCCUGUGUUGCAGCCGCCGAUGUAGCCACUAUUAUUCUUUUUGGCUGGAUAUGGAUGUUCCCAUCAAAGGGACUUCCCUAUGCUACUGGAGCACAUGUCUACUUCUUUAUUUUCAACGUAAGUAAUUACAGCUGUAAGAUUUUUCGCUACUUCUAUUCCUUCACCUCCUGUGUUAGUUCAUCAAUUUUCCUCUUAACUGCCUUUGAUCGUUGCCUUUGUAUCUACUUUCCUCUCCAAUUUGCUCGAAUUUCGAGGAAAAGGGCAUGGGAGGCUGUCGGCGUUACUACCCUACUUUCCGCACUAUUAAUGCUACCAUUUGGUAUUAUGGUUGAGCAUGGACCUUCUAAUGGGAAAAUCAUUUGUUGGGUUCAGGUUGAGGCAAAUACACUACAAAUUUAUCAUGUUCUUCUUGCCAAUUCUAGUCUAAUUCAAACCAUUAUUGUUAUUAUUAUAAAUAUUGCACUCCUAUUUCGUUUACGACAAAGUGCUUUACUUCGGGAAUCAAUGUCUAAAUGUACAAGUGCUAAUAGGGAGAUUGCCGCAUCUAUGUUGCUAGUUAUUCUUUCAACCAUUGUUGUCAUCAGCGCCUUGCCUCAAUCGGUUGCUUACAUCCUUUCCACUGUUCUCUCGGGAGUUCUGGAAGGUGAAAAAGGUCGUAUGGCUGUACGAAUGGCAUAUAAUAUAUCCGAUCUUGGUUGGCAACUGCUAUUCUUCCAGCAAGCCACAAGUUGGGUACUCUAUAUGAAGAGGAUGAAAAAUUUUAGGCGGGCGACAUUUCGUCUUCUCAGGUGUCAUUGUCAUGGCGGAAAUUGGGUGGAAGAUGCCUUUGAAUCAAUUCACUUCCUCUCUUCAAAAGCUCGAAAUCUCACCAGUGAAAUUCGAUUCACUCGAGCCGAUCUUUCAAAGGUCACCUGGAAUUUGCGAUUUCGAAACUCAAACAGAGGAUGUCCUAACGGCCUGUGGAAACUGAAGUCUAGUGGAGCUACAAAUACUAAUACACUUAGAAAUUACGAAAACAUGUUCAAUAACUCGAAUGUCUUUCGAUAUACCUAUCGUGGAAGUAUGCGACAGACGACGACAUUGUCGACUAUCUCACCUGGAACUCUCUAUGCGGAUACCGAGUCGCCCUCAGAUCCAUCACCCCCAGACGUGGGUCGAAUUGCAACUAGAUUUUGA